AUCUGAGCAUGUGUUCGCGACCACGAUGAGUAUGCCGCACUUCCGGCCAGAUCGCCGGAUUUCCGCUGAGUGACCCUUACAAGUCCUUCUUGAUCCUGAAGUGGAUUAGGUGCCGCUGUUGCUGCUCUUGUUGAAUCUAGAACCGUAGCCAGACAUGGGACUGGAGGACGAGCGAAAGAUGCUUACCGAGUCCGGAGAUCCUGAGGAGGAGGAAGAGGAAGAGGAGGAAUUAGUGAUAGGACUGAGGCUUUCAGUGCAUACUGGCAACCUUGGAAGGCAGGAAUGUGAAACUUUUCCCUACUACUUAGCAUCAGAAUUGAAUGGGAGACCGCAUUCUGCCAUUUCUGGCGGCAGUGUGGCUCUGCCAGCUGGCCUUCUGCACGGAUCCCCUAACAACAGUGAGAGAGCAAUGCGAGCAGUUGGAGAAAUGUGUAAAGGCCCGGGAGCGGCUAGAGCUCUGUGAUGAGCGUGUAUCCUCUCGAUCACGUACAGAAGAGGAUUGCACGGAGGAGCUCUUAGACUUCUUGCAUGCAAGGGACCAUUGCGUAAGUCCGUCUGAAGUCAGGAAGGGGAAAGGUUGCAAUGGUCAGGGAAAACUUGGUGCUGACAAUCUUUCCAUGCUAGGGGAAGGCCCAUCAGUGAGUAUUUACUCUGGGCCCAAUAUAUGUGAUGUACAGUGCUGAGCAUUUUAUGUAAAU